CAAAAACAUUGAUUGUAAUAUUUUUUGUUUUAACCAUAAUGCUAUUCCAUACACACAAAUGUAUAAUAAGGUAAUAAAUGUUUCAAUUUGGUAUCUCUUCAAUGUGUCCAAUAUUACUCACGUCAUACUUCUCUGCCAAAGAGAAUGCCUGAAAGCUGUAUGUCCUGUUUACCUGUUUGUUGUUAUACAUUUUAAAGGAGGUCCAGUUCUUUCAGUUUUUGAUACUGCUUUUUAAGAUUUUGUUUCUUUGGAUGAUGGUCUGUGAUGUAGUCCAGUUAUUCAAUUGUAUUAAUUUAAUGGUGUGCUUCCCAACGUUUUUAGUGGAUGACGGAUGACUGCGUUUGCGUUGUGGAGGGGAUAGCGAUUCCCCUCAAAAUACUACUCUGUCGCCCUCCCGUGGCGCGUGAAAUUUUCCCUACUGAAUGAUGUGCUGACUAACCCUUGACCCGGUUGCUAGGGGUGAGAAAUGAAAACAUACGGCGCCGUGUUUCAUGUUUUGAUGCUUAGUACAAGUUGCCAACAUCGGUCGCAAAUCAGGACUUUCUUACCUAUUGUGAAUAUUAUAAUUGUUUGAUAAUCAUUUAGAAAACGCGUUGUUUAGUGGUUACCUUACAACAACUACCAAAAUGUCGAACAUCCUUUUAUCCGCGGUAGGCUGGGAUGAGGGUUUUGCCAUCCCUGUUGCAAAUCCAGAAAAUAAAGAGCUGGAAGCAGAGCUUCAAGGGAAACAGAGGGAGAAAUUACAACUGGAAAACAAACUUGAUGGAUACAAGGACAGAAUACAAGCCAUGGCCGAACACCUGAACAAUGUUAGACAGGGGUUAUCUCACACUCAGGCUUUGUGCAAAGCCAGAGAGAAAGAGACAGAGUCCGAGAAGCAUUUCAAGGCCCUGGCAGACAGAGAGACGGGCCGUCUGCGUCAGGAGAUUGCACAGCUGGACAAGGAGCUCGAUUCUCUGAGGGAGAAGAAGAAUCUACAGGAGAACAACAUCUUCAAAGCCACCCAGAAACUGGAUGAGCUGAAGAGCCAGCUGAACUGGGACCAGCAGACACUGGAUACCUGGCUGGAGGAAUCGGCACACAAGGAUGAGGACACCAUGGCCAUUAUUAAGUACGCCCAGCAGGAUGAGAGCCGCAUACGGGAGCUCACCUUGUUGAUUGAGAAGAAGACGCUCGAGGCCAAUUGCAAACGCAAGGCACUGGACAACGAACUCACUGAGACCAUAUCAGCACAGAUUGGUCUGGAUAAGACGGCGGAGAACUUCCGACAGGCCCACCUGGAGAGGCAGGAGCUCAUUGGCCAAUGGGAGAACACCAUCGAGCAGAUGAAGAAGAGAGAUGCAGAGAUGCAGCAGUGUUCAAUGCUCCUCGCCCAGGUCAACAAGGAGAUCCGAGAGAGGAAUGGCGACAUCAAGGAGAAGAAGACCUUCCUGGAGAGGGAGGUGGAGAACAACAAGGAGUAUGAGAAGAAGAUAUCCAUGGCCGAUCGGCAAACGGCCAAGCUGAGACAGGAGUUACAGAAGCAGGAGAGUAACUGUGUCAGACUACAGGAUGAGUUGGAGAGUCUGAAGGGGACAGUGGACAGAACGGCCACAGAUCUGGAAACCAGGAGGUCCCAGCUGGCCAACCUGAAAAAGGACAUCCAGGACAAAGACAACAAAGUGAAGGGGGCCAAGCACCAAAACGCUGCCCUGGAGGAGAAACUGUUAGCGGUGACGGAGAUGACCCUCAGCGUGGAGGAGAGGGCCGCUCAGAUGGAGCAGCUCCUGAAGGAGGAGGAGCAGACCAUCAAGGACAUUGACGCUCAGCUGCACCGCCACCGGGAGGCGCUGUACCGUGACAGCCAGGAGCUGCAGUCCCUGAGGCUAAAGGAGAAGGACUCCGUUGCGGCACUGGCCAGUAGCCGAGUGGCCCUGUCCAACCUGGACAGCCGACUCAGUAAACUGGACCAGAACACGAUUAAACAAAAGGAGAUAAUCUACAACCAGGACUUCCAGAUCCAGCUUCUGGAGAGGAAGAUGGCCCGACUGCGAGGCGAGGUGAACACGGAGGAGAAACAGGUCCUGGAGGAGAAGGCCCGUGAGCUGGCUCAGAGCCUAGAGGAGAAGAGGAGGACAGCCAACAUGCUAACUAUGCAGCUCAAGAAUGUCCAGGAUGACAUUCGCUGUGUGAGGAAAGAGGUGGAGAGGACAGGCAUCGAGAAGAGCCGUCUGACCGCCAAGAUUGAGGAGAUUCACCUGUUCAACGACACCUCAGACAAGGAACUGAAUAAGCUCAGGCUCAAGAAGCAGGACACCAUGGUGGAGAACAACAUCACAAAGCUGGAGCUGAGGCGACUGCGGGACCUGCUGUACAACAAGGCCGACAGCGUGCUCUCGCUGGAGAGGAGGCGACUGCAGCUCCAGACGGCCAUGGGGGAGCGGGAGGAGGAGGUGCAGCUGCACCGGGACAUGCUCAGCAGGCAGGUGAAGAUCAGCGACCAGGAGCGCCAAGGACUCAGCGCCGAGGUGCACGAGAGGCUGUCCAAGAUCGACAAGAUGCGGAAACGCUACGAGAUUCUGACCGCCACAAUGGCCGCUCCCGAGGGCGAGGGGGAGAGGUCACAGGCCUAUUACGUCAUAAAGGCUGCCCAGGAGAAAGAAGAGCUCCAAAGGGAGGGAGACGACUUGGAUGCCAAGAUCCGCAAGACGGAGAAGGAGAUUGGAGCGCUGGAGAACACGCUGCAUGUCGUGAACGGCCGCAACGCGACUUACCGCAAGUCCUUCAGCAAAGUGACGGAGUCCAGUGAGGAGUAUCAGGAGAAACUGAAGCUGGAGGAGCAGAAGAGGGCCGUUGAGGAGAAAUACAAGUACAAGAGGAGACAGAUCCGAGAGCUGCAGGAAGACAUUCAGGGCAUGAACAACACACUCGACACCCUGCUUCAAGAGGAGGCUGUUGACAACGAGAAGACCAAUGAGACCCAGUCACGCAUCCUAUCCGUAAACAAAGAACUGGUAUCUCAGAAGGAGAAACUUGACAGGGUCACUAAACAGUGCUCCAACCUGACCAAAGAGAUCCGGUCGGCCAAGAAGGCCAAUGAGGAGACGUUUGAGGAGAAGGAUAUUCAGCUGAGGGAGCUGAAGAACUUCAAUAAGAACAUCAACAAGAUGCUCCUGGAUGCCAUGGAUGAGCAGUCUGACCUGAAAAUGGCUUUACACAUGUACUUUUUGCAGGCCAACUUGACCCUGCCGUCUCCAACCACCACUCCUGCCAGCCGACACAGCUCAAAGACAAACUCGGCUCGCAGCUCUGUCUCUCUCAGGUCAGCUGGGCAUUCAGCCGGCAGCAGUCCCAGGGCGUCGUCGGUACAUUCUCCCCCAGUGAAGACUCUGGAGCUCGACCUGGGGCUGUCUGUGACCUCCCCUGCCCUCACGCCCUCGCCGCGGGACUCCCGUCCCCCCAGCUCCACUAGCAGCUCCACGGGCAGCAGGCGCAGCAAGCGCUAGAGCUCAUGAAGAAACCUUGCCAAUGGAAAACUUCACUCAGAGCACCAGUAGGGUUUCGUUACAGUAGCGCGGUCAGACGAGAAUGUGUGUCGUUGUUUCAUGCACUAAUCAGCUGUUUGGUCGAGUUGAUCGACUUACACGUUGUUUGUCCUUGAACCAGAACAACUUGCGGUUAAGAAAUACAGUUGUAUAAUGUAUUGUUAUUACCUUUGAUACAGGUGUAUCUGAACAUAUUACAAUAAAAUAUAUCUGUGCUAUCUAGCUUCUCAGAGUGAUCAAUA